ACGCGCGGGGCAUAGUCUCGCGGUCGGCCGGCAGCGACGCGCCAUCGUCCACGGCUCGCCACUCAGUGCACGCGCUGCCUCGCCGACGCCCGCGCUAGCUUGCAUGGCCGACCGUGUGCCCAUCUCCACGCACCGACCCCGACAGAUCGGAACGACAUCGCAUAUACACUGACUGGCAUCCCUCAAACGAUUCCGUUUUCCCGACCGAAGUCAAACUCGAUGGUUCCUAAAUUUCGUAAACAUUCCAUGCACGUGAGUUUCGCUAUAUCCUUCUCUGUUUACAUUUUUUAAAGGUGCUAUUUUUUUUAUUAUUAUUUUUUGUUUGUUUGUAAAACCUAAGUUCUUCGUUGUGCAUCGCGAGUGUAGUUGAUAAUUUGACCGGCAUUGGAGAUCUACGAUCUGAAUUUAAAGGUGUUGCGCUCGUGUGGCGUGGCGCGAGGGUGUGAUGCAAGGGAGGCGGAGCAGCGGGUGCCGGCGCCGCGAGUAGACGCGAACAUGCGGGCACCGUGCCGCAUCGCAUACGCCGCAUGUCUCCUACUGCUCGCCGGAAUCAUCUCCAACAGCCCUGUAGACGCUUCUUCCGCUGUUAUUAAAGGGGUCCGCAUUCCGUGUUCGAACGAGGGCGAGCCCGUCCGGUUGCAAGACACGAGACUAGAACAAGAUUGGAGCAGUUGUUUCCGCUGCAUUUGUAAGAACGGUUUCGUGGACUGUCGGAGUGGAGCCGAAGAGUGCGGGCAGAUGGAUGACUGCGCGGUCGUUAUGCCUCGCGAGGGUUGCUGCACUAAAUGCAAAGGGUGCUGGUAUAAUGGUACCGAGCACGCGUCACACACCGAGUGGAACGAUGAUGGGAAAGUGUUCAGAUGCGAAGCCGGCGUCAUCACGAUAUCCCGGCCGGAAUGUUACGCGCCUUGUGAUCGACCGAAGCAACAGAGGCACACUCAUAACAAUUGCCCUGUGUGUGAUGAGUGCGUGAUUAAUGGUCAGCGUGUUUGGGAAGGUCGGGAUGUUCGUAUUCCGGAGGAGCCGUGUCUGUCGUGUCGGUGUCUGCACGGAUCUCUCUCUUGUGUGAAGCGUGCUUGUCCUGUUCUUCCUUGUGCCCGCUCUCAACAGCAUAUGCCUCUAGGCGAAUGCUGUCCGCGGUGCUUACACCCUAAUUCUGAUAAACUAUUACCAAAUCCCGGUAAUGUACCUUGGAAGCCGUGCAUUAUAGGCAAAGAAUUCCACGCACACCUCCGCCCGUUCCGGGUCGAUCCGUGUACCGACUGCACGUGUAUGAAUGGUACGGCUGUUUGCUCACGGCACACGUGUCCCGUGCUGACGUGCGCGAAAGCCUUACCGCCCGCGCCGGGAAAGUGCUGUCCGGAAUGCCCGCAGAUCGAAGAGGCUAAAACCGCUUGCGUUAUCGGCGGGAAAAUUUACCAGGAUGGCGAUACAUGGCAGUUAGAUGCCUGCAAGUCGUGUGAAUGUCAUAGCGGGGAACCAAGAUGCGCGAUGGAAAGGUGUCCAACCUUGACUUGUCCUCCAGAUCAAACGCUUCGACAAAUGCCAGGGCAGUGCUGUCCGAAGUGUGUCGAUAUGGACGGAAUUUGCACGGUCUUCGGCGAUCCCCACUACAAGACUUUCGAUGGAAAGUUUUAUAGUUUUCAAGGAUCCUGCAAAUAUCAGCUCGCAUCUGAUUGUGUGAAUGGCACUUUUUCUAUAAGAAUUUCUAAUGACGCCAGAAAUACGUCGCAUUCGUCUUGGACCCGAACGGCGACUCUGCGGAUCGGUCCAACCAAAAUCAAUAUGGGGAAAAAGAUGCGUAUCAAAGUAAACGGACGAAGAGUCACCCUGCCUCACAAAAUCAAUGGGGUCGCGGAAAUCGUGAAAAGCAACGGUUCGGUUCUAUUGAAAUCCGAAAUCGGGGUGCAGCUACUGUGGGACGGCGACGGAUUCUUGGAAGUGACUGUGUCUAGUGCGUACAAAGGAAAACUGUGCGGUUUAUGUGGUAACUUUAAUUCAGUAGCGAGAGACGAUAUGAGGACUCGUGACGGGAAACACUUGAAUGACACUUGGAAGUUCGGUUCGUCGUGGCGAGUGGGAGGGACGCGAGCUUGCACUCGUCGACAGAAGCAACGUAUGAACGUGCCUCUUAGACAGUCGAAAAUCGUGAAGGCUCGAAGGCUUUGCCGUGGCUUCGUUCGCUACGAAUCGUUCAUGGAGUGCACGACUAAAGUGAAUCCGCACCACUAUCAAGAAGCCUGCGAACUCGACGCUCGCAGUUGUUCGGGUACCCGCUGCCAUUGUGCGGCAUACAGAGCCUACGCGCGGGAGUGUACGAGGUUCGGUGCUGAGCCUAAAAAUUGGACGCACACAGCUUGGUGCGAAGGUGCCGCUCCUCCGUGGCUUAGUCGGAACCGCAAGAAUCGCGGUCCCAAAACGAAGGGAACUAAUCUGAUGGAUCUCGGUAAUAUACCCAUGUUCACGAACAAGAAAGUCCGGCCGCCGCCGCCUAUAUUGCAUUUAUAAUUCGCAUGCGGAGACAAUUGUUACUAGUCAAUCCAACCAGUAUGACGGAUCACGAGUAUUAAAAGAAUUCGCAACUGGACCGCACGUGGGCUGCGUCCUAUACGUCAGUCAGCUAUAUAUGGAACGAAGAUCUAUCUACUCGAGCAGUAUUCAUUAAACUACUUUUAGGUUAUAAAAGAACGUAAUUUAGUUCUAAGAGAUAAUAAACGUAUUUCUUCACGUGUUAUAAUCGGCUGGGAUAAAAAAUCAGGUACCGUAGAUUGGGGGGAAUCGGCACCCUUCCCGGAUUCAACACAAGUUUUCAAUGGUUUUUCUUAGGGUAAUACCAAUAAAAUUGAGAUUAAUAUGAUUCCG